UAAGUCAUAGAAUAAUAAGGCUACGCUUUAUUAUUAGCUUUAUUAUUCUAUGGUUAAGUUACUCAAAGUUACCUUUACUUCAGUGCUUCAGUUCAUAGUUGGGAAGAACUCUCUAGGCUAGGAAGAAGUGGAAAAGUUCGCGCAAUGGCUUCUCUAAUUGAUAGCAGAGAAUUUACUAAGCGUGUCGCUAUCAAAGACUUGAAUCCCUCUGUUACCAACAUAUUGAUAAUUGGAAUUGUUAUCGACAAACGAAGCCCAAGGAUUGUAUCCUGUAAGAAGA